UCCGUCGCCGAGAUUGCCGAUCCCCGCGAGAGAUAAGCUCCCGUUGCGCGGCUCGCGACGGGAACGCGAUUGCGCGCGCCCGUGUAAAUAUAGCGCCGUCCGCCGUCGCACCGUCUGUUCCCUCGGCCCUCUCCUUCUCCCAUGAGCGGAUCCCGCGGGACGAGACGCGCGGCGUCGACCAGAUAGCGGCUACAUCAGGCUACAUUCCGGCGGAUCUCGGCGGAGCGCCGGGGUGGGGGAGUCGGUCGUCGUGUCCAGGAUUCCGCGGCUCGAGAGACCGUCCUGUCAAGCUGUCACCGAUCGCAGAUUUAAUUCGGUAUUCCCCGUGCAUCUAAUUAUUGGAGAUUGUCAGCAAUGGAUCGUGCCCUUCUUAUCUGUGCCCACGGUGGCUUGAGCGCAACGGCAAUCAAUUGAGAAGUGCGGCUUGGAAUUCACAAAAAUGCGGGAGUGGUGCGGCACGGUCCCCUGGUAUCCAGCAGGGAUCUAAAGAAAAUAACGCACGAGUGCUUGAAGAACUUAUCUUGAUAUAAGUAGAUGUAAAAAUAAUGCGGACUGUGUGAAGUGAUAUUGUUUUACGCGUUCCCACAUAUCGCAGUGCUGAGAAAUGGUUACUGAGCUCUUUUGAGCGCCCACUAAAGUUAUAUUUUACUACAAAUUUAAUGCGCGGUUGUUAAUAGUUACAUUUUGUACAGCGGAGAGUGCGUUGUUGAGGGUUCUCCGUGUGUUUAAAUUGCAAUAAAUAGUCCGAUUUGAGUGUACGUGCGGAAUAUAUCGAGAUAUAGCUACCAAAAUGUCGUUCUUAUCGAAUCUGAAGAAGGCCUUCCACUUCGGUGGUAACGACGCGAAGAAGAAGAAAUUGUACAACAACAUCAAGAUGGACUGUAAUCCGGAGGAAUUUUGGGAAAUGGUGGGUGAACUGGGAGACGGUGCGUUCGGUAAAGUUUACAAGGCGCAACAUAAGCAGACCAAUCAGCUUGCCGCCGCGAAAAUGUGUGCGCUGGAGGGAGAGGACGAUCUUAGCGAUUUUAUGAUCGAGAUAGACAUUUUGUCGGAAUGCAAGCAUCCCAACAUCGUUGAAUUACACGAAGCUUAUUUCAUUGAUGGGAAACUAUGGAUGUUAAUCGAGUAUUGUGAUGGUGGUGCUGUGGAUUCUAUAAUGGUCGAGUUGGAAAAGGCAUUAACAGAAUUGCAAAUUGCAUACGUCUGCCAGCACAUGACUAAAGGUCUUGCCUUUCUACACAAAUCCAAAAUCGUACACAGGGAUCUGAAGGCGGGAAAUGUCUUGCUGACUAUGGCAGGGGGUGUUAAGAUAGCUGACUUUGGCGUAUCCGCAAAGAACAAGCAUACUCUGCAAAAGCAUGAUACGUUUAUUGGAACCCCUUACUGGAUGGCACCCGAGGUUGUCCUGUGCGAGACAUUUAGGGAUAAUCCUUACGAUUUUAAAGUGGACAUUUGGUCUCUUGGUAUAACUCUUAUAGAGUUUGCACAAAUGGAACCACCGAACCACGAAAUGUCACCGAUGCGAGUGCUACUUAAAAUACAGAAAGGCGAUCCGCCGAAACUGGAUCAGCCCGGGAAAUGGAGUAAGGAAUUUAAUGAUUUUAUUGCUAAAGCACUUAUAAAGGACCCGACCUCACGACCCACAGCUGAUGAUUUGUUAAAACAUCCGUUUAUAAGCCGAAAUUUAGAUCCAAAGCCUAUCAGGGAUUUGUUACUUGAAUAUAAGGCGGAUGUUGUCGAAGAAGAGCUGGUAGAUGAGGAAGCAGAGGAGCAGCGCACGUCUCAGCUUCCUCUGGAGCUGGAUCAAAUCACAGAUGACUCCGCUCCUACGCGCCUUGAUGCUGAUGUUAAGAUCCCCGAAAAAGAAAAUCUCGUGGCAUUGCCUGUGAAGAAAGAGGAGAGUCACAAGCGCGAGAUCAAUCGGGAUGGUGAGAAAGAGGACAAGAAUAAGAGAUUACGUAAGGCUGAGUCCAAAGAGAACAUACAACCUCCUGCCGAGAAGAAGCAGGCACCUAAGCCACCGAGUGAGACAAAUGAGCGCAGAUUAUCUCGAGAUAAAGGGCCGGCACCUCCGCCACCACCGAUGCGUCAAGAUAGCGAGGAGAAAAAGAAGAAAGACGAAGAAAGAGAUAACAUUCCGAAAACAGUCGAAAAAGCUGCAAAUCUAGCGAAUAAACAGAAAUCCACAGAAGAUAAGCCGCAUGUUAAUAAGUUAUUGCAAAAUGAAAAGACGGCGGAUCAACAGGUGAUAAAUGUUAAAGAGCAAAAGAAUUUAGAGACUGAAAAUCAGACGCAAAAUGAAUUGGACGUAUCCGAGAAGAUGAAAAAAAUAGGAAGUGAGGGUAACGGUAAAUUAUUUGACAAUAUAAGAAGAUUUGAGAGUCAACAGAAGUUAAUAAACAAUAAAUCGAGUUCUGCCUCGAAGAAACAAUUGGGGAUAAAUGAAAAACGCAAGUCGGCACCCGUAAAGCCCGAGAUGAUCGAGGACCUGUCCAAGAUAAUAUAUAAGCAAUCUUCUUUUGAAGAUAAGAACAGAACAAAAAAUAAGCUAUCAUCCGUUGAUGACGUAACGAAUUACGAGCAAUCUCGAGAGAAGGAAGUUUACAAGAGUUUGGAAGAAAAGCGGAAAACUGUUGGGGAGAAAUUGAACGCCGUAUUGGAGAAGCGAUUAUCCAUGGAUCCUAAGAAAAGAAUAAGCGACGGUACUAUGGACACGAAGCACGUAUCCGUCGCGUCGACGCUCCUAUCGGAGAAGAAUAACGUUAAAGCUAGUUCUACGGAAGAUAUUAAGACGCAGUUUGGCGUAACAAAGACUGAGAGUUCCGCGAAAAGUCGCAGCGCGGGAUCGUCUAGAAAUUCUCUGGAAAGCUUCUCGGACGAAUUGCGCGCUAAAACAGAUAGAAUUAAGACGGACUACAAUCAGGAGGACGCGGCGAGCGAUGACAAACAAGGCUUAGAGAAACAAGAUCCGGGAAUUAACGUAUCGGUGAUUACGUCGACGCCGAUCAGAAGCAGAAGCGGUUCAAGGAGAAGCAGCGGGGAUAACAUAGUUGUUAUUACUGGGAAAGCUCAACCCGAGCAAGAAGUACGCUUAAAUACAUCGACCGUCCAUAUCACUGCCGACUCGCCGGAUAUGUCGAACAGUCUGGCGAGCAACAUAAGUCAAGUAACCGUCGUGACGACGCAUCCGCCCGUAUUGGUGGAUGCGCCCUCGACGACGGCCGCGACGACGACGCCUCUUCCGCGUCGUACCUCGCCGACGUCGGAAGUCGUUAUCGUCGCCAACGAGAUGAACAAGACUCAGGUGAACGAUAAUUCUAUCGACGACGAUGCGUUUCCUAGUCUGGAUAGUCUGGAAUACACACCGCAGGAACAGCCUAUCGUACUUACUGACGUGUCAAAGAGAAUCGGCAAGAAAUUGGACGAAUCGGAGGUGGUUAUAGUGAGCCCUAUCGUGGACGAGUUGCAGGAUACCAGUCACGUUUCGGUGGUUACCGUAGGCGAGGACAAGGAACAAGUAAAAGACUCAUCGAUAUCCAAGAAGCACAACGUUAUUCGUACCGGCUCGUCUCACAGCGAUCUGAGCUCAAACGAAAGAUUGAGCUUGAGGAGCGACAGCGGGGACGAGAGCGGCAAGGUGAUAGUUGCCAGUACGACCAUCGAGUCUCCGGAUAUUGAUGACUACGAGAGAAACGCGAAGAAGCUAAAUGGAUUGAUCAAGAACGAGAUGCCACAUCACGCCGACGAUAGGAUCGUGAAGACGGUCAAACCGAAAGAAGUCAACGUGAAGAGCUUCGGUAAGGAGAAACGAGUUUCUCCGGACAGCUUCGAGGGUUCCAGAUCCCAGAGCGAUUCUAGUUCUAUAAGAUCGCAUACACCGAGUAAGAGCAUCGAUCGUUCCGACGCCGAGUCUAUCUCGACGACGAUCAGUCAGGAUAGUAGGGAAUCGAACAAGGAAAACCGUUUGAAUCAACCUCAACAUACGGAGGUUGACGAGGUCGUCCUACGUCGAAAACCCGAUUACAAUCGUGAGAUAUCCCGGCCAACCAGGACAAAGGAAGACAUACAGAUGAUGAAUCUGAAGAAAAAGACAAGAAAGCGCACGAGAAAGUUUGAGAUUGAUGGUGUUAUGAUGACGACAACGACCUCGAAAGUGAUAUACGGCGAUGACGAGAACGGUAAGGUGUACGACGAUCAGAUAUUCAGGAAGCAAGAACUGCGGGAAUUAAAGAUGCUGCAAAAGAUGGAGCAGAAACAAUUCCAGGAUCUGUCUCAGAAGGCUCAAUUCAACAAGGACCAACAGGAGAAGCGAUUCGAGCAAGAGCGACAAAUCUUGGAACGGAGUGCCGAGGCGGAUUUAGAAGCGCUCGCCCGACAACAGAGACAGCAAAUCGAACGCGCCGAGGCGCAGCAGGAGGUCGAUCUGCGACUGUCGUCCAAGAAGAUCCGGAGCGAGCAAGAGAGGGAACUUAAACAGUUCCGAGAGGGCCUAAAACAAGAAUUACGAUUGCUCAAACAAGAGAUAGACUUGAUGCCAAAGGACAAGCGGAAGAGCGCGUUUAAGAUACGGAAAGAGAAGCUCGAGGCGGAACACGAAGAGCGGGAGAAGCUCUUCUUGGAGAAGCUCAACGAGAGCCACGAAAUGUCGCUGAGACGACUGUCGGACAGCCAUCGCGAGAAGAUCGCGUUGAUGGAGCGGCAGUUCUUGCAGCAGAAGCAGCAAUUGAUGCGCGGCCGAGAGGCGGCUAUCUGGGAGCUGGAGGAACGACAGAUACACGAGCGGCAGCAGUUGCUCAAGAAGCAGCUCAAGGAUAUCUUCUUCCUGCAGAGACACCAGAUGCUCAUACGCCACGAGAAGGAGCUGGAACAGAUGAAAAGAAUGAAUCAGAGGAAGGAGGAAGAGUUAAUUAAGCGACAAACGGUGGAACGUAGGAAUCUGCCGAAGAGAAUUCGCAACGAGAUGAAGGCGCGUGAGAUGAUGUUCCGAGAAUCGAUGAGGAUCUCGAUGUCGUCCGUACUCGCGCCGGAUCCCGACGCCGAGCGGGAGAAGCUGAAGAAGUUUCAGGAGAACGAGAAGAAGAGAUACAGGGCGGAGCAGCAGAGAUUCGAACUGAAGCAUUCCAGACAGCUCGAGGAGGUGAGGGCCCAGAGCGAUGCUACGAUCAAGGAAUUGGAGCAGUUGCAGAACGAGAAGCGGAAAAUGUUGAUGGAGCACGAGACGCUGAAGUUGAAGGAACAGGAGGAGGCCUACGGGAGAGAAAUUCGUGAGUGGAAGGCGCAACUUAAGCCACGCAAGCAGAAACUUGAGGAACAGUUUGCGUUACAAUUGGAGGAGCAAGAGGCGAUUUACGGGCCUAGUGCGAUACCAUUGUGCUUGCCGGCCGAUCUUCCUGACUUAACACACCAUACGACCGAGUCUACGCGUAGCUCGUUGUCUUCCGUAAGCGAGGGCUGAGGACGCUCGAAGAUACGAAAGAACUUGUAUAAUCCGCGUAAGACGUUUCGUUUUCGAAGCAUCCUUAGCUGAAAUGUACGGGACACUCGGUGUGUCUUCGCAAUGCCCAUCGUCACCGCUAAUUGUACGUGUAUAUAUCGCGAUAACUCGUUUUGGAACUGAAUAUUAAUUUUUAUCUAGGUGCGGCUGUCGUUUGUACGUAAUGAAUAAUUGAGUCACACCGGAAACAACGGUGAUAACAUAAUUUUGAAAUUUUUACACGUCGCAUUUGUAACUCUUGGAUAACGUUGAGAUCAGUGUCGCGGCGUCCUCGGAUAAACUACCAUUCGAUUUAUCAAAAGUCAAGAGCGCCGAUCUCUGGCGACGAAGUACAGAGCUUCCGAAUCUGAGGGGGAAUAUCUCGCGAACUAUUAUAUGCGGAAAUUAGUUCACGAUUAGAAAUAUGUUGUCUAAAAUAUAUCUGUACAAAUUGUUAUGUAAUUUAUAUGCUGCGAUAACGAUACGCAUUGGUAAACUGAAAUUAAUCCGCCCAUGCCUGAUCUUGGAAUCUUAUUGCAAUGCGAAAGACACGCACUGAUAUUCUCGGAUCAUGAAAAGUGAAAAUAAAACGAGCCUUUCGUGAGCCAUCGUACAGAGUAUUCCCGAGUUAAACGGUCAAACUUUGAAAUAUGAAGGAUGUUUAGGAUUUUAAAACAAAAAAAAUUCCUCUAGAGGCUCGUAAACAUUUCGUUCAAGAGAUAUUGACUUCUAAAGUUACAGAACUAUUAGGAAUAAAUAAUUUCGAAAUAAUAUAGAUUUAUCCUCUUUACUAUUUAAUAGUAAUCAAAAUUAAAAUAAUUUGUAAGCGCAGAGAAAAAUUAACGGAGCUACCGGGACUCGAACUUGGGAUCCUUCCGUCAUACGCCUAGCACUUAGGCUGCUACCCCACGACUGCUCCACUACUACGCUAAUUUCUCCGAUCCCUCAUCAAUACUGGCCCUACGGCCCCAAAUCUCCUACAAAUUAAAAUAAUUUUGAUUACUGUAAAGCAAUAAAGAGGAUAUACCUAUAUUAUUUCGAAAUUAUUCAUUUUUAAUUGUUCUGUAACUUCAAAAGUGAAUAUCUUUCGAACGAAGCGUUUGCGAGCAUAUCUUCAAAGAAAAAUUUUUUUUGUUUUAAGAUUUUUAAUUUAUAUUUUAAAUUAGUCCGGAACACCCUGUUAAUGCGCACGAGGCUCGUUUUGAAUAUAUAUAUAAGUUAACUCCGUUAACGCGUCGGUGCAAUUAGUAAUAACUUUGAGGGAGGAUAACUGUUGUACAUGUAUGUUUAUAAAGAGAGUAUGUGAUGAUUUUACGGCUAUAUACAAUUCACACAGGCACGGAAUGUAUAUUUUUUCUAUAUUUUAAAGAAUUAUAUUGUAUACCAAUCAAUUCAAUUCACAAUCGAGUGCUGCUCGGGGAGGAGCGUUAUAGGAAAUUUGUAACGUUUGUUAUUACAUGUAAUUAUACGAUGACGAAAGCGGCAAAUGAUGCAGAUCACCAGAUUUAUUUUAAACGAUUUCGAGGUAUUAUAUACCUAGAAUCGCUGAAUUGUACAUGGUAAAAGUUCAUUUAAUAAUAAUGGUUAAGCUGUAGUCACCAUGUUCGGUUAUAGUUACGUUAUUUAUAACAAAAGGAUUUAUAGUAGCAACGCGAGUAUUCUACUUCAGACGAAUAUUUUAGUAAAUCCCUUUGUCAUCGGAUUACUUUGUUCUUUGGAUCGCGCCUGAUUUUUUUUUCUUCGAUACGAUAUUACGUUACAUAUGUCUGAAAUCGCAAAUUACUUAAAAUCAUACAAUUGUGAUAACGAUUAUAUUCUCGUAUUUAACGAUUGCACGAUAUGCCGUUAUUUAUUUCAAUUUACAGUCGCACAAUUCUUUGGAACACAUGUAAAUGCAUAAUUAAAUGCAUUCUCUGAAAGUGAUAAACUCCAUUUUUAUUAUGAUGAAGCUAAAGGGAGAGUUUUUUUGUGAAAUCACCUCGCAUCUGACAACGAAUACGAUGCUGCUACUUACGGAUAGGACAUGAUAAUUAUACGUGAUUAUAUUAUGAGAAACAAAGUAAUCUAGUUUUACAUUGUACUAAAAAUCAAAGGAUAACACCAAAUAUAUAUACAUCGUACGUUUGCAUGGCUGUGUAGCCUGAUGACGUCCUAGAGAAUCUCUCUUACACGAUACAAUGCAUACUUAAAACGAGCAUGCGUGGCUAAUGCAAGCUGUAGAUAAAAGAGUACUUGUAAAAAAGAAACCUCUUUUUUUAUUGUAAAUUAAUCUCUCUGCGAAGUUGAUUAGUUGUUCGAUAUAUAUAUAUGCGGAAUUGUCUUGGAUUCAUCGAAUAUCCUUGCAACGAAUUCCUUGUAUGUGAUCGUUUUAAAGUUCAUUUUUCUUUCAAAUGAAAAGAUUAAUAGGCCAAUGAACUUAUUAAGAAAACACGUCGCUGAAAGGAAAUGCGACAAAGAUGGAGACAUCUGCAUAUAUAUAAUUAUUCGGAAAGUUUCGUGUACAUAGAAUUCUGAUAAAUUGUUUAAAUAUUAAGGAACUGUAAUCUAGUAUAAAUAUCAUGUUACGAUGAUUCAUUGAGAAGCAAAUUUCUUUUCUUCAAUAAAACAACCGUGCAUAUCUCUUUUAUAUCACGACAAGAUUAAUUCUGUAGAACAUUUAUAUCAAUUUCUAUGUCGCCGUCGAGAUUAUUAGACGAUUUUACAAGCCAUUGACACUCCCUUAUGUCAGUGAUACAAAUAUGAAUGUAAAUUAUUCAUCAUGUUAAUUUACUUGUAAGUAUUUGUUGAAAAUACAUGAAUUGCGAAAG